UUCCGGGGUCGCACGGGAUCCGCUGGUUCCGUAACAACAUCCCGUUGGCCUCCCUCAGGUGGCGGGACCGGUGCGGCCGCCGCCUCCCAGGAGCGCCCGCUCGCCCGCUCGCCGGCCCGGGCCGCCAUGGCCACCAACCCGCAGCCGCAGCCUCCGCCCCCCGCGCCGCCGCCGCCCCCGCCGCAGCCUCAGCCCCCGCCCCCGCCGCCCGGCCCCGGGGCUGGCCCCGGCGCGGGCGGGACGGGCGGCGCAGGGGCCGGCGCGGGGGACCCGCAACUCGUGGCCAUGAUCGUGAACCACCUCAAGAGCCAGGGGCUCUUCGACCAGUUCCGCAGGGACUGCCUGGCCGACGUGGACACUAAGCCUGCUUACCAGAAUCUGAGACAACGCGUUGACAACUUUGUUGCGAACCACUUAGCAACUCAUACGUGGAGCCCCCACCUCAAUAAGAACCAGCUAAGAAACAAUAUUAGACAACAAGUACUCAAGUCAGGAAUGUUGGAGUCUGGUAUCGACCGAAUUAUUUCUCAGGUUGUAGACCCAAAGAUCAACCACACGUUCAGACCUCAGGUGGAGAAAGCUGUGCACGAGUUCUUGGCCACGCUGAACCAUAAGGAGGAAGCCAGUGGCAGCUCGGCCCCCGAGGAGGAGAAGCCAGACUCCUCUGUCGUCACACAAGGCGUCCCUGCUCCUGGGCCCAGUGCGAAUGUAGCCAACGAUGCCAUGUCAAUCUUGGAGACCAUAUCUUCUCUUAACCAAGAGGCUACUGCUGCCAGGGCUUCGACGGAAGCAUCAAACGCUAAGACCAGUGAGAGAACAUCCAAAAAACCCCCGUCUCAGCCAAGCGCCGACACCAGCACUGAGAAGGAGAAAGCUUCAGAGGACAUGGCUGAUAAAGACAAGGCCGCGCCGGACUCCGCGGGGGAAGGACAGGAAACAGCCCCCAAGUCCGAGGAAGCUAGCGAGCUCCCUUGUCCGGUAGAAGAAGUUAAAAAUCACACAAAAGAGAGCAGCAGUUCUGUUCUGCUAAAUAAAGACGUUCCACAGGAAAGCAGUGACCAAAAAAAUAAACCAGACAAAGGUGAAAAGAAACCAGACAGCAGUGAAAAAGGAGAAAGGAAGAAAGAAAAGAAGGAAAAGAGUGAAAAGAAAUUUGAUCACUCAAAAAGGAAUGAAGACACACAAAAAGUCAAAGAUGAAAAACAAGCGAAGGAGAAAGAGGCAGAGUGUACAAAAGCUCCUUCAGAAAAGAGCGGUAACAAAGCUAAAGCCACUGACGGGACAAAAGAAGAUUGCUCUGUGAUAGAUUCUGAUGUGGAUGGACUCACAGACAUUACAGUUAGCUCUGUCCACACCAGUGACCUCUCAUCUUUUGAAGAAGACACUGAGGAAGAGGUUGUAAUGUCUGAUAGCAUGGAAGAAGGAGAGAUUACGUCAGAUGAUGAAGAGAAGAGCAAACAGAAUAAAACAAAAACUCAGACCUGUGAACCCAGUGAAGGAAGAGCGAAAGGCGGACGACAGGCGUACGUUCACAAACCAUUCCUUUACUCAAAGUACUACAGCGAUUCUGACGACGAACUCACUGUAGAGCAACGGCGACAGUCGAUCGCUAAAGAAAAAGAAGAGAGACUUUUAAGAAGGCAAAUUAAUAGAGAAAAACUUGAAGAAAAACGAAAACAGAAAGCAGAAAAGACAAAGACAUCGAAAGCUAAGAGCCAAGGCAAAAAUAGUAUGGACUUAGAAGAGCCAUCAACAAAGAGUUUGGAACCUAAAGCCCCCAGAAUUAAAGAAGUCCUUAAAGAACGGAAAGUUUUAGAAAAAAAAGUAGCCUUAAGCAAAAAAAGAAAAAAAGAUUCAAAGAAUGUUGAAGAGAGUUCUAAAAAGAAGCAGCAAGCUGAAGAAGAUUCCAAAGAAACCCUCAAAACCAGUGAGCAUUGUGAAAAGGAAAAGGUGUCUUCUUCAAAGGAUUUGAAACACGUCCAUACAAAAAGUGAAGCAAGCAGACCUACCCGGAGACUCUCCGAGUGUUUGCAUUCAGCUGAUGAGAACAAAAAUGAAUCCAAACUAGAACGAGAACAUAAAAGGCGGACAUCUACCCCCGUUGUGGUGGAGGGGGCACAGGAAGAGACUGACACGCGAGAUGGGAAAAAGCAAAUGGAACGCUCAGACGUGGGCACGGAAGAAAAGGAACCCCAGAAACAGAAGAGCACCCUUAAAAAUGAAAAGCAUCUAAAGAAAGAUGAUUCUGAAACAGCGCAUGUGAAAAACCUCCCCAAGAAAGAGAUGAAGUCUUCCAAGGAAAAGGCUGAAAAAGAAAAAACUGUGUCAGAAGACAAGUCGUCUACGAAACACAAGCACAAAGGGGACGGCGCGCAUAAAACGGGCGACGAGGCGGAGCUUCAUUCUUCCGAGAAAGGGUUAAGAGUAGAUGAGAGUGUUCAAAAGCAAAGUCAACAAACGAAGCUUUCUUUGGAUGAUAAAGCCGAACGAAAAAGUAAACAUAGGAAUGAAAGGAAGUUAUCCAUUUUAGGCAGAGAUGGAAAGCCGGUUUCUGAAUAUAUUAUAAAAACAGAUGAGAAUGUUCGUAAAGAAAACAAAAAAGAGAGACACCUCUCGACCGACAAAACUAAGGCAGAGCACAAAUCAAGAAGAUCGAGUGAUUCUAAAAUUCAGAAAGAUUCCCUGAGUUCCAAGCAACACGGAACCACAUUACAGAGGAGAAGUGAAAGUUAUUCCGAGGAUAAGUGUGAUACAGAUUCAGCUAAUCUGGACAGUAAUUCAAAACCAGAAGAGGUUUGCCACAAGGAGAAGCGGAGAACAAAGAGUUUGUUAGAAGAGAAACUUGUGUCCAGGUCUAAAUCAAAAAGUCAAGGCAAACAGUCAAAAGUCACUGAAACGGAAUUACAAGAGGGUAUCGCAAAACAGAUGACCACUUCAAAACCAGAGAAGGAGAAGAACUCGGAAGAAAACGACCCAGAUAGACAACGAAAGUCGAAAGCUGAGGACAAAUCUUCCGAGGAAGCUGGUGUUGAACCUGCGUUAGAGGGUGUCGCACCUUCUGCCCACGGCGCCCAGAAGGACUCUGGUCACAGGGCCAAGCUGCCGUCAGCAAAGGACAGAUGUAAGAGUGAGAAGGAGUCGAGCUCCUCUAGACUGGAGAGGAAAUUAUCAGAUGGGCACAAAAGCAGGAGCUCAAAGCAUAGUAAUAAGGAGGUGAAAAAGAAGGAAGAUAACAAAUCAGAUGAUAAGGAAGGUAAAGAAGCUGACAGCAGUCAUGAAAGGGCCAGAGGAAAUGGUCCAGCGACUGAAAAGAAAUUAAGCAGAAGGUCGUGUGAAAAUCGGAAAGGAAGCGCAUCCCAAGAAAUGACCAAAGGAGAAGAUAAAUCAGCAGCAAACACUUCGAGCUCUCCCAGUAGUUCUUCCCUUCAGAGACCAAAAAGAGGUGGUGAUACCACACUGACCCCUGAACAAGAGCCAAUGGAAACUGAUUCUGAAGCUGCUGUGGAAAAUGUACUGGAAGUUUCGAAAAUCCACGAGAGUAGCAGUAAUAGUUCUCAGCAAGAUGCUGACUCUGAAAACGCGAUGAAGCAGAAGGCGACAGGCACGGUUCUAAAGGAUGAAGGAAGAGCUUCCACCACAGAUGCAAAAACAGCCACUCCGGCCUGUAAAUCAGGGCGUGGAGCAGGGGUCGCUGGUAAUUCUGAAAAGCACGCUGACCAUAAAAGCACCACGACCAGGAAAGUGCAUAUCCAGAGUGCUACAUCCAAACCAAACCCCAGGGAGAAAACACCAACUCAACAAGGAACUCAGGACUCGAACGCAGACUCGGAAGCUAGUCAUAAAAUGCUGCCUGGUGCUCCAUCAGAAAGCGAGAAGGCACAGAAGAACUUGAAACAUACAAGACCCGCUGAAGAGCGUGUUGCUCAAGGAGACACUGUUGAACAUUCCACGAAUGUAGACCCCUCGCCAUCCUUAAGUUCGGUGCCUGUUGUGCCUCAGCAACCAUCUCAUGAUGCAGACGUGAUUCCUGUGGUUGACAGGAGAGAUGUUUCAGACGUGGGCACAGGCGGCACCUGCCUGGGGGACCACUCCGACCUCCCUAACCAAAGUUUGACUCUUAAGGAAUCCGAAGUCCCCAGGACAAGUCACAGCAAAGAAGGUGGUGCAAUUUCCACAGCAGAUAGGCCAGCGAAAGCAAGCCUCGCUAGCAAAAAGAACAUUCCAGAAGGUUCCCAGGCCACCAUACUGCACAGUAAACAAGGGAAAGGAAGCAUGCCUCUUGAUAGCAAGUUAACAGACACAGUUAUGGGAAAUGAGAAGGUUAAAGAAGGUGACGUAAGUAGAGAGCUCACUUCAGAGCAGACAGUUAGAGCUGCAAUAGCAAAUGGCCAAAAGGAUGGCGUCGCUGUCGACUGCACUGUAGGCAUGAGCACCGAGAAAGAUGCUAAAAGUGUUGGACUUGAGCACAGUAGAGGCUCGGGUGAAGUAGUGCAUGCGUCCGCUGAUGUUGGAAGAAGGAAGGAAAGCAGUGAGGUAGACACCAGUGCCGGAGGUAACCCUGCCUCCUCGGCCUCACACCAAAGGGACAGAAAAACUGAGAAUGUGACAGCGGGGUCUGGCAGGGCAGAGAAGUCUUCUCUGGCCACUAGUACAGAAGGGAAGGACAGAGGCCUCCCCUUGAACUCCGCCAAAGCUGGGGACGCUACAACCACUUCCUCGGAAAGGGGAGAGGAGGAGGGGGCCGUGCCUUGCACAAGCAUUGAAGCAGACGAAGGCCUCACGGGGGGCUCCAGAAACAGUGCUCUCCCCUCGGGGGCGGAAGCCGGGCGGUGCACUGUGUUUGCCGCGGCAGAGGAAGGAGGCGGUGUGGUCACAGAGGGCCUGGCAGAAAGGGAAACCUUCCUCACCAGCACCAAGGAGGGGGGAGGUGGGGAGUGCGCUCUGGCUGGAUCUGAAGAGCAAGCGACGGACCCAGUGACCGCUCAGGCAGUCACCGUUGAAGACAGUAUCAACAGUGCUGUGACAGAGGAGAAAGAUGAUGCCGUGACCAGUGCUGGCUCUGAAGGAAAGUGUGACGGUUCUUCCAGCAGAGACUCAGAAAGACUCGGGGGAGCCGUCGCUUCCACCGGUGAAGGCGAGAGUGAUGGAGCCGUAACAAGCGCGGGGACAGAAAUGCGAGAGGAAUCGUUAGGCAGCGAAGAGGCAGACAGGUUCCAGAGAAACAUGACGAGGGUGGGCCCCCAGAAAGAACCCGAGGGGACUGUGACAUGUACAGGAGCAGAAAGGGGGAGCGGAAGCUUUGCGAUGUGCCCGGUCACGGGUGCAGGGCCGCAGGAGGAGCGUAUGGUUACAGGGGCGGCUGCUGCCCUGGUGGACAAUGACACCCCACCAGGAGCGAAUGCCACCCAGCAGGGAGAUGGUUCUGGGAAUGACGGCACAGAGGGGGAGAGUGCCGUCACCAGCACCGGGAUCACGGAGGAAGAUGCAGAGGGGCCGGCGAGUUGCACAGGUUUGGAAGAGAGCAGCGAAGGCUUGGCAAUAAGUUCUGAGUCCGAAGAAACUGGACAGAGCGCUAUGGACAGCACGGCAGCCAAAGAGGUCGCCAGCGUACCAGCAGUCGCUGCUGGUCCCUGUGACGACGAAGGCAUCGUCACCAGCACGGGCGCCAAAGAGGAGGACGACGAGGGUGAGGGUGUCGUGACCAGUACGGGACGAGGAAACGAAGUUGGGCACGCCUCAGCGUGCGCGGGGAUAGAAGAGGAAGGCGAGGGGGCGCCCGGCUGUGAGAGCGCGGAAGGAGGAGACGGCCGCGUAGGGACAGCCGCCGGGCACGGGCCCGCCGCCGCCGGGAGUGCACAGGAGAGCAGCGUGCACAGCGUGAGCGGUGCCGAGAAGGACAUGAAAGAUGCGGAGAUCUGCUCCAGUGCCAAGGGGGUCGUGGGAAGCAGCGUGACCAGCGCGGCUUCCAGGGAGGACGGAGCAGCAGCCCCAGAGCCCGAAGCUUGCGAGGGGCCCAUGACCAGCGCAGCCUCAGGUCAGCGCGACAGUCAGCUCGCCAGCGAAGGCAGAGUCGAAGACACCAUUAUUUCCACCGGCCUGGUGGGGGGCAGCUGCGAGGAACUGGUGUCUGGCGCCGUCCCAGAGUACGAGGUCCCCCGCACGUCGCCGAGUGAGAAGGAAGACGAGGGGGUCAUCACCUCUGUGGAAAAUGAGGAGUGCGACGGCCUCACGGCGACCACAGCCGGCGACGGUGUCGCCCGCCAGACCGGUGUUUCUGGGGGCCAGGGUCAAGGCACAACAGGCCUGGUGAUUUCCACCAGUAGCACCCACGAUUACGCUUCCCAGUUCAGCACCCUCAGGGACACGGGAGGUCCUUCCAGCGCUCUGCGGACCGAAGCAAGUGUGGAAGGCCCCCGGGUGAUCGCGGACGAGUUCGAGGCCCCCAUGCCCAGCGCGGGCUCGGGAGGGGAGAGCCAGCCCACUGCGGCGAGGGGCAAGGAGAAGGACGAGUGUGCCAUGAUCUCCACAAGCCUCGGCGAGGAGUGCGAAGUGCCUGUCUCCAGCGCCACGACCACCCUGUGUGCCGGCGGCCAGCAGCCCGUGGCAACGGCUGAAGGAAGAGCCAAGGGCCCCGUCUUGGUCGGCACUGACGACUUCGAGGCGCCUAUGCCCAGCGCACCCAGGGAAGUGGCAGGUCCUCUCGCCUCGACCAGCAAGGAGGAGAAGGAUGAGUGCGCUCUCAUUUCCACCAGCAUAGCGGAGGAGUGCGAGGCCUCCAUUUCGGGGGGAGCUGCGGGAGGUGGGCGCGAGCAGGCUGGCACAGCCGUGGAGGAGAAAGACGGGAGUGCCGUCAUCUCCACAAGCUCGGUGGAGGACUGCGAGGGCCCUGUGUCCAGCGCCGUCCCUCGGGAGGAAGUCCAUCCUGCGGCCGCCCCUGCGGAAGAGAUCAGCGACACCACCGUGAUUUCCACGAGCACCUCGGAAGGACGGGAAGCAGCCAUGAGGGGUGCCGUCCCCCAGGAUGAAGAGGCGCCCGCGGGUGUGCAGAUGGAGGAUUUGAGUGACGCCGCCAUCAUCUCCACCAGCACAGCCGAGUGUGUGCUGGCUGCCGCUGGCCCGGACAGGCACGAAGAGAACCCACUGACUGCUAGCAACCCAGAAGGAGGAGACGACCUGUCAGCCGCAAAGCAGGAGCCUGAGGGUGACUUGAAAACCACCACCGACAGUGUUCACGGCCAAGAGUCAGAAAUCGCUCCUUCCCACGCCGUCCUUCCAGCUGCCUGUCCUGUGGCUGUGUCAGCAACAGAGUGUGAGCAGGACUUGACCGGGAAGAGUGAUCACCGUGGAUCGCGAUGCACUGUUCAGGCGUCGGCUGAGAAAACGGGAGAUGGCAUGGUGAGAUCCUUCCAGAAGGAAGGAGGCCUCGCGGUCACUGUUUCUCCUGAAGAAAAUGUGGGUGACCUAGGCCACGAAGACUCUCCAUCGAAUGUUUUGGGAGGAUUGGAAUUGAAAGCUGACUUGAAAACUGAGACAUUGCUACAGGCAGAAGAAGAGAAGAGUCAUGAAAUUCCAGCACCAUCAGAGCGUCCACGUGGGAGAAAGCCAACUGGGACAACUGAACUGCAGAGCGAGCCUUUGGUGUCGAACGAAUCACCGAGGGUGGAAAAUGCAGGCUCAAGAACAAAAGAAGAAGUUCACAGCAAGUGUCAUAACAAAGAAGGCAUAUCCAGUGGUAGCAAAGACAACACAGAAGCUGUAAGAGGUCACAGUGUUGAAGCAAAUUCUAAAGAGGUGGAAGAGAAGGAAAGGCAUACAUCUAAAAGAAAAAGAAAGAAGCAUUGCCCCUCUUCAGAAGAUGAACUGGAUGAUAAUUCAGAUGCCCUGGAUUCCAAAGUAGAAACAGCACAGAAGCAGCAUUCUGAAACUGAGCCACGGGACACAAAGGAGGAGAGCUCUGGGGGUUUGGAAGAACCGUCCAAAACGAGUCCCAAGGCAGGCGGCCCUGCUUCACGAGCCAUGGAGGAGAGAGAUGAAUACGGCAGCAGUGAAGCUGCUGGCGAAAAGACAGAGCAAAAUGAUGACGACAACGCAAAAUCGCAGGAGGAAGAUCAGCCAGUAAUUGUUAAAAGGAAAAGAGGAAGGCCUCGUAAACACCCUGUGGAAACCACAUUGAAAACAAAAGAAGACAGCAAAACGGAUACUGGCACUGGCACUGUAGAACAGCCUUCACCUGGCGGCAAAGUGAAAGGAAUGCAAACAGAUGAGUCCGGUAAGGACACCGGGGCCCUGCAAGAGAGAAGUGCAAGCAAUGACGACGGUGAGGAGAAGACGGUGACGAGCGGGCGCCGCAGGGGACGGAAGCCCAAGCGCUCGCUCACUUCGUCCGACGACGCUGAAUCCUCAGAACCAGAAAGAAAACGCCAGAAGUCCAUUUCUGAAGCAGCCGAGGACAAGAAAGACCAGGAGUCGGAGGAGGAGGAGGAAGAGGAGGAAGAGGAGGAGCCCUCCGGGGCCACCACCAGGUCUGCCGCCAGAUCCGAGGCUCAGAGGUCCAAGGCGCAGCAGUCCCCUCCCACCAAACGCAAGAGGGAGGCCAGCCCCCCGGGGGCCCGCACGCGGGGCCAGCAGCAGCGGGCGGAGGAGGCCCCCGGGAAGAAGGCGAAGCGGUAAUCCCAAGCGGACGCAUGGCGGAGACGGAGAAAGCUGCAGCCUCGGGCGCGGGCUUUUCUGUUGUGACCGGGGGAAGGACUGCAUGUGCUCCCAGCUCCUAGGUGCAAGCUCGUUCUGUUCUGUUUUCAGCGGCUCUAUAAACUGUUGUCCGUAGCAGAUAGACACUAUGUACAUUUAUCUCAGAUAAAGGAAAAUAAGUUUACUUUGUAUCAACUCAAGGCAAAGCAUAGUUGUAUAUUUUAGCAUUGGAGAUUGGGAUUUCCCGAUGGGGCACAUGGCGGCCGCAAACCCCUCAGCCCAUCCGACACCAGGCUGCCUCCUGGUCACCUGUGUACAGUAUAUAAACAUGUAAAAAUAGGUUGUAUUUUACUCCGUGUAUGAUGCUAAUCAAUGAACACUUUAUUUAUUUUACAGAGAAAACUUAUCUGUGAACUUUACUAUAUAUCUGUUUAUUUUAUUUUAUUAUUUUUUUAAUUACGAAAAAGGAUUUUAAAUGCUAUGCAGUCACUAGUAGCCGUGUUUUAGGACCGCCCGCCCGUACCCAGGAAUCCGACCGGGCGGGAGAUGCAGCGCCUUCUCGCAUGUGUUCAGGUGCAGUAGUUUAGCUCAAGGGGCUCCGUGGCCUUUCUGUUCACAGCUGUGACUUUUUUAA